CUGUGGUUAGCCUAACAAUGCAGACCAGCUGGGUCAGUUCAAGCCAGGCAGGCAGAAGAAGCCUUGGGGAGCACAGGGAAGGCACUGGUCUUGUAGCACUGAUGCUCUUACUUCUUCUGUAACAGUUGUGAGCUACAAGAUGUUUGUGUUGGCUCUGUUUAGUUAUCUGAACCUCCAGAACGGUCUGAUCUUGGGAUUUGUGUUCCUGCUGACCUACUGGUACCUCAGGACCCGGACACCACCCAACCUUCCACCAGGACCAUGGGCACUGCCUGUCCUGGGGAACGUGGCCCAGAUUUUCACCAAGGCCCCAUACAAGCUGUGGAUGAAACUUGCCAAGGAGUACGGCCCUGUGAUCUACCUCUGGCUGGGGAGCCAGCAGAUAGUUGUUCUGAACACCUACUCAGCCAUCCACGAGGCUCUGGUCAAGAAAGGAGAAGACUUCUCUAACAGGCCUGCUCUGCACACCUUCAAACAGAUGGGACUAACAAACAAUGGAAUUGUUCUCCUUCCAUAUGGACCAUUCUUCAAACAGCAGCGCAAGUUCACCAUCAUGGGCCUUCGAGACUUCGGCUUUGGAAAACGCAGCUUGGAGGGGAAAAUUGUGGAGGAGUCACAAGAACUUCGAGAGGAAAUCCUCAAGAAGGGACAGAAGCCUUUCAACAUCAGACGUAUGCUGCAGAACGCAGUCGGGAACGUCAUCUGCUCCAUAGUGCUGGGCAAACGCUUUGAGUACGACGACGAGAAACUGGAGAAGAUCAUGAGAGCGUUUGACCAGAACACCGGCGACCAGCGUCUGAGUAGGAUGGCCGACUUCUUCCCGUGGGCACGCCACAUCCCUGUCAUCAAGAGAGCUGUAGCCAAGUACGUAAAAGACGUGGAGAGAUGUGUGGGGAUAUUCAGGGAGGACAUUGCCGCUCACAAGGAAACCUUUGAUCCAAACGACAUCAGAGACUUCAUCGAUACAUUCCUCCUGGAGAUGAAGAACAAGGAGGGAGAGGAAGGGAAUGAUUUCACAGACAGGCAGCUGGAGUACCUCAUCAGGGACUUGUUUUUGGCCGGUGAGGAGAGCACCUCAAACACGCUGAACUGGGCCCUCCUGUACAUGCUUCGACACCCUGACGUACAAGAGAAAGUACAGCAAGAAAUCGACAGCACCAUCGGACAGGACGUUACCCCGUCCUUCUCCCAUCGCGGCCAGCUUCCGUACACAGAGGCAGUCACCAUGGAGGUCAUGCGAAUCAACCCCAUCGCCCCUCUGAGUGCCAUCCAUGCCACAUCCAACGACACCACCCUGUAUGGCUACAACAUACCCAAGGAAGCCAUCGUGUUCACCAACCUGUGGGCAGUUCUACAUGAUCCUGAGGUCUACCCUGAGCCGGACAGCUUCAAACCUGAGAGAUUCCUGGAUGACAAGGGGCAAUGUAAAAAGGGGGACACCUUCAUUCCCUUCUCUCUUGGUAAACGUGCUUGCCCAGGUGAUCAUCUCGGCAGGAUGGAACUCUUCCUGCUCUUCACCUCCCUGAUGCAGCACUUCACCUUCAAGCUGCCAGAGGGCGCACCUCUACCAUCCACCCAGGGGCAGAGGGGAAUCACAAACAAUGCAGUGGCUUUUGAACUUUGUGCCAUUCCAAGGCAGUAGUGAUGUUGCUAUGUACCCUUUUGUUUCAA